AUGGAAGCAAAUGUUUCGGAAAACACUACUCUUUCUACAAAAUCAUCCUCUAAUGAAGAAAAGGGCAAUUCAACGGAGCGAAGCACCAAAACUACCAAAUCCCCUACCCGCUCACAUAAAGAAGACAAACAAUCAAGCUCAUCACCAGGAAAAAGUAAUCAUCGUGAGGAAAAUAAAGAACCACAGCCAUCAGCUGGCCUUCCAGUAUCUCAAGUUACGCGACAUAACGUGGGCAAAUACAAGCUUGUCCGUACUAUUGGGAAAGGUAACUUUGCCAAAGUCAAGUUGGCAAUUCAUAUGGCAACAGGAGUCGAGGUGAGUUUACUUUUUACUAUCCUUCAAAAACUCAAUCAUCCCAAUAUAGUUCGUCUUCUAGAGAUCAUAGAAAAUGAUGAAGUGAUAUGUCUAGUGCAGGAGUAUGCCAACGGUGGUGAAAUAUUCGAUUACCUCGUUGCACACGGCAAAAUGCACGAGAGAGAAGCUCGGGCCAAAUUUCGCCAGCUUGUCUCCGCUAUCGAUUACUGCCACUCCAAAAAUAUAGUCCAUAGGGAUCUCAAGGCUGAGAACAUUCUCCUAGACUCCGACUUAAAUGUCAAGGUAGCGGAUUUCGGCUUGGCUAAUACCUUCGUCCCAGACCAAAAGCUCACUACUUUCUGUGGUAGCCCACCUUAUGCAGCUCCGGAAUUAUUCCUUGGAAUUCGUUACCAUGGACCGGGCGUGGAUGUUUGGUCCAUGGGAGUACUACUUUUCACCCUUGUGGUGGGUCAUUUACCUUUCGAUGCGACGGACCUACGAGAGCUGCGCACAAAAAUCCUCACAGUACGUUACAAUCUCGGCAAAGGCGAAGUCUCCAGCGAUCUUCUUGCACUCCUCAAAAAGAUGCUCGUUUUAGAUCCGCGUGAUCGCUACUCCCUUCGUGCGUUAAUGAACGAUCGAUGGCUGAACAUGGGGUACGACACUCUGAUGAUCCCCUUUGUGGAGCCAGCCCAAAUACACCUAAAUGAGGUAUACGUAGAGCACAUGAUUCGUCUCGGAUUCACAGAAACCGAUCUCGUGAACUCUGUUCUUACACCAGGCUUUGACCACGUCUUCGCUACUUAUUCCCUUCUGCCCAACAUGUUGAAGAAGCAAAUCUCCAACAUUCCAUCGUCGAUCGCAGAGAUGACAUCAAAAAUAUCAUCGACGGGGGAGAGUGCAUCUUCAGGGCCUAGUAGUGGUGGGGGACGGAAGUCGGAAGGUGGGCGGGCAGUCGGACGCUUCAUAGUGGAGCCCGCGUCCAACGACAGCCAGCUCUCCUCGUCUUCGCGACGACAAGCAUCUCAUGCUCACCAUCGUCAUCAUGGGGGCACAGGUGCAGCUGGGUCCGGAGGGAACUACUUAAGCAACUAUUCAGCCACUUCCUCCCUGCCCUCUGCCCUCAAGCGGGCCUUGGCUAGCGUGGGCCGGUCUCUCACGGGACAAGGCGGAGGCGGGAAUUCAUCGACAACCUCAACGGCAGCAUCUAGCAGCAAUUACUCCGCCAGUGCUGCUGGACCAUCAAAUGGAGCCGAUUGUGAGUUUGUAUUUCAUGCCAGUUUUAUCUACCGUAGGCAGUUGGUAUGCGCACGCACUAUUCACUACAAUCUCGUCUUUUCUUAUAGACCAUCGAAACAGGCAACGGAGCCUACACAAUUAAUUCGCUAUGGAAAGCGUCAGGUGCAGACGCGUCCGAGGGAGGUUCGCAGUCCCUGGGGUGUGCAUGUUACCUCCUCGAAAAGUGCCUCGGAACUCAUGACAGAGGUGAAACGAGCUCUCAAGACUGUCAAAGGUUGUCAGUGGGAGGCUGAUUCUGUGUGGCUCUAUCUCCUACAUUGUGGUUGUCCCACCUCUCCUGUUUCCUCUGACAUGCUCCAAUGGGAGAUGGAGGUCUGCAAUAUCCCCCGAAUCCACCAGCGCGCUGUCUGUCUCAAACGAAUCCGCGGAUCCGCCAUCCAAUUCCAGAAGGUAGCUACCCAAGUAAUGGCCACUAUGCGCAUCUGA